AUGUCUCAACCAAACCUUUCCGGACAGGACCUUGUCUCGAGUCCUCAAACAAACCGCCGUGGCCGCCGAAACACGGUUGACAAUCCGACCUUGAACGACUCGGAACUGUUUGCCCCUUCUUUUCCCCAGGACCCUCAGGAGGGUAGGAUUUCACGACUUCGACGGUGGACUGAAGAGCACCGUGAAAACAACCCAGUUGUGCCAAGAAACAUCGAACCCCUUGACCAAAGCAUGCAAGAUGUGGCUCUCGACGACGACGAGGAUGAAGAGCCUGAUGACUGGGACAUGGUGCUUGACUACCUAGCGGUAGAGGAAUCCGAAGAUUGGUAUCCAAGACCAACCACUAUGAGUCGGGUAAGAAGAUAUCUUUGGCCGAGGGACGAGGAUGAGGACCAAGACCAAGACCACCACCACCGCCCGGAGCCUCUCGUCUUUGAUGACGAAGGCUUGGCUACCAUCGACGAAGAGGAUGAAGACGAGGAUGACCGCCCAGAUUGGCGAGACCCGGCAUGGGGUUACAACAUCCCGUUUGGACCCCGGGUCCAGUACGAUUACACCUUUGAGCAGCUCUAUCCUCGGACUGCUCGGGCCCUCGAUUUCGCCCAGUCACUCCCAGGCAUGCGCCGUCUCGCUGUGGCACGGGAUGUAGUCGCAGCCUGGGCUCCGACCGUCCAGAACAACAUUGUCAGGACGUACAACGGGAUGGCUCCUCGGGCUGUGUAUACGGCACAGUGCACUCAGGAGGUCCUCACCAUGUCGGCUCAGGUGGGGAGCCAUUUCGCUGUCGAGGUGUGGACGGCUGGGCAGAAUGCUGCCCAAAUGGUGCAGGAGUCGUGGGAGGCGGCACAGCCUACAUUACGGAUGCUGCGUGAGGGAAGGGCCAUGAGGUUGUUGGUGGAGGGGGAUGUCAUGAUGAUGCUGCUCCAGGAUGCUGCCAUGGCAGGGUUGUCAGCGAUACCGCCCUACGACCUGAUCCUGCGAUCUGGCGGGGGCCGACGUCGACUUUGA